UCGCCGUCAACUUCGCUCCGUUCCGGUUACCACGAUGAUUCGUUUGGAAAAUAUGUGCCUAGCCAGUGCGUUGAAAAUAUAAACAAAUACAAAGGAACUCCAAAGACGCAUUCAAUGCGCUGAAUUCGCAGUGAUAAUUACGCGAACAAUAAACAUUUCCAGUCGCCAAGUCAAAAAUCCAAGCUGUCCACCCUUUUUUUUUGGAGUCUCAGUGGAGCUGCAUUGCCGUCUCGCUCGCACACGGCUUGGCAAUCGAUAAGCCUAACAGCGGGGCUGUCCACUUGCUGACAGCUGUUAACUCUAGCUGUUAGCUUUCGGCGGCGAGUGCUUGAAGAGUGAAAUUGGAACGCUGGCCGAAACCCGUUAAUCUCCAAUGAGGCGACACAUCCGGGGGAAGGAAAAUUCAUAAAUGAAAGCUUCUAAUUGCCGGAGAAUGACAAACGCGACAAGAAAUCAUCGCGAGCGAACAAAAGCGAAGCCAACUUUUUAGGCAGCCCGACGGCGAAAGCAGUAGCGAAAGCCACGAAAAUUGAGCCACCGAAGCUUCGGCGAUGCUGUUGAUGCCCACAUCCUGUGGGCCGGGUCCACCCACCGACCACGGCCCCAUGUCCUUGCCCACUUCCUCCUCCUCCUGCCCCAAACGCGCCCGCAUCCCCACGCGAGCGGCAGAUGAUGAUGAACCGGUCCGGCGGUCAGGGACCCUAACCCAAAGGCAAAGUUCGGGGUCGGGCAUUCCCCAAUGGCUGCUAAUCCUCAUCGGACUGCUCGCCAUUCUCGCCCAGACACCAGGCAGCCAGGUGGCCGCCGAGAAGAGUAAACACUAUUACAUGCAAUCGCUGUGCAAGAACCACUUCCUCCAGCAGCUGUACCGAAAGAUCGAUGGAGCCGUGCUCUGGUCACAGAACGAGCGGAAUCUGGACUGCAUCAUUACCUUCCAGACGCACUCGGUGCUGCAGCGCUUCAUGCUCCGCUUCGACAUGCUGCAGUUGGACUGCAACGAUCACCUGUUGGUUUACGAUGGCGCCCACGCCGUCGCCACGCCCAAGAUUGACAUCUCCUGUCGGAACACAAAGAACACCGUCAACGCGCUCCUGACGCGCACGAACUUUGUGACACUGAAGUACGUGACCGAUGGCUGGGGAACGGAUGCGAACGGCUUCAAGCUGGUGAUUACGUCGGUGAAGGAUCCCAAGCACACCUGCAAGGAUUUCACCUGCGCCACCCGCGAGUUCUGCAUCCAUCCCGAUCUCCUCUGCGAUGGCAUCAACCACUGCGGCGACAACUCCGACGAAUCCGUGCAGAAUCUGUGCCAGAAUGAGACGAGCAGCACGGUUUUCGGCCUGGACAUGACCUGGUUCGUCCUCAUUGUCGUGGGUGUCCUGCUCGUCCUGAGUGCGCUCAUCGUGGCAGUGGCCAUUUGUGUGUGCCGGCGCCAGGAUGAGAAUGCCGCCAACCAGAACACCGCGCUCCAAGUGCACCAUACGGCCGACACGAACGGGUCGUCGAAACAUCUGCACUACCACGGCAUCAGUGUCGGCGGGACACUGACGCGGGAGCACACCCAACUGCCGACGUCGGGAAACUGGCAUCACCCUGCGGGACCAUCCGGGUACCACCGCACUCCACACAACUACUUGAAGAUGGCCACCAAAGUCCGUCCCAUUUGGUGCUUGGCAAAUUCCGUCAAUUAGGUCAAGAUCUUUCCCACAAUACCGCCGGGCUCAGCCAGACGAAUAUCGCCGGAACUGGACAUCCCAAUGCCAACGCCGUCGGCGCUGCGCAGAAGGACGAGUGGUUCGUCUAGGGCCAGGCAACACUGUGGAAGGACCGAUUGACUUGAGCACAAUAAUCUGUACUUUAUUAAGUAAAUUUAUGGAUAUUUGCAGAGCAUUAAAUGAAGACUGUAAGACUAUAAUUAACAACAAUUAGUGUGGACAUCACCGCGCAGGGUGUAUUAUAUAGAGAUCUCUACUCGUACCCAAGCAGAAUCUCGAACGCAUUGGGCAGAACCUGCCAGUUCUGUCGGAUAACCAAUGCACUUGUAAAUAGUUUAUAAAUAUAUCAUUUUGAUUUGGCUGAUCAAUACAACAACAAGCUGGCUACACAAGAUCCCACAAUCCAAAUAUCCUCGAAAAGGAUAUGUAAUACAGAAGAUUUCCCCUCCCUCAAUCAUAAUUUUGUGCAAGUAUGUUGGCAUUUAUUUAGAGAAUUACAUAUGUUUAGAUGGCAAUUAGAUUUGAAUUAAUGCUCUUCGAUUAAACACUUGUGUUAGUUGGCAUAGCACGGAUUAAGAUAACCCAAAGUAAUUGUAUAACGAAUCAGAUGUAGUCGCCGAUUCAGAGAGGUAAACUAACAUUUGAGCGAAACAAUCGUAAGCAUUUAAUUGAAUUGUGAACAGAAACCGAAAGAAGUAUUAAAGCUCAACAAGGAUAACCGAUAACUGUCAUUAAUAUACAACUUCCGAAUCUUACAAAUUUGAGAUACACAACUGGCAGUGCUGUUGGCCAGGGCGUUUUUACAGAACUUAAGCUGAACUCUAAUCACAAAAUGGACACAAGAAGAUCAACAAAAACAAGGGAUGUACAUAAGUAGUCGACAAUAUACUUACCAAAAUAAUAAUAAAUGGAAACUUCGAACGCAACUGUCAUCAUCUAUACAAUUUCACCUACCACUCACCAUUGUCGUCCACUUGGAAGUCUGCGCUUGCCCGAUGAUCAGCAUCGGAUCAACUGGGGAUCAUCCAGAAUCUCCGAUAGAAGCAAACAUUUCGCCGAGAGACUCAUUCCUCAUCAAAGAACCGAGAAAACAAACCAAUGCUAAACGGAAAUAUUCUGAGACAUUAAGGACAAUACAGUGAAAUCUUUUGCUUUUGAUACAACCAAAUUGAGAAGGUGUCGCGGCAUGCAUUUUAACCUACUGAAGAAGUGUCCGAAAUACAAUUUUCUACAAUCAACCAAAUGGAAUUCUACACAAAAUUGAACAAACUAAAAAAA